AUGGCCCAGAGGAAGAAGAAACUGACGAAGAAGAAGAGACACACCGCCAGCAGAGAGCCGGAGGCGGAUUCUGACAGCNUGCGUGGACCGGGGAGGAAACUGCCGCGGUUCCCUGCAGCGUCCGACUGCCUGUCAGAUGUGGAGCCGGACACCAGGGAGCUGGUCAGAGCUCAAAACAAGAAGAAGAAGAAAUCUGGAGGCUUUCAGUCCAUGGGUCUCAGUUACCCCGUUUAUAAAGGCGUCAUGAAGAAGGGUUACAAAGUCCCGACCCCCAUCCAGAGAAAGACUAUCCCGGUGAUUUUGGAUGGAAAAGAUAUCGUAGCCAUGGCCAGGACGGGCAGCGGAAAGACGGCUGCCUUCUUGGUGCCCAUGUUUGAGAAGCUUAAGGCCCCUCAAGCUCAGACAGGAGCCAGGGCCCUCAUCCUGACCCCCACCAGAGAGUUGGCCCUGCAGACCAUGAAGUUCACAAAAGAGCUGGGAAAAUUCACUGGCCUCAAGACCGCCUUGAUCCUUGGUGGAGACAGAAUGGAAGAUCAGUUCGCUGCUCUUCACGAAAACCCCGACAUAAUCAUCGGUACUCCCGGUCGUCUCAUGCACGUCGUCAAGGAGAUGAACCUGAAGUUAAACAACGUGGAGUACGUGGUGUUUGAUGAGGCUGACAGAUUGUUUGAAAUGGGUUUCGCUGAGCAGCUUCAGGAGAUCAUCCGGAGGCUUCCCGACAUCAGACAGACUCUGCUGUUCUCUGCUACUCUCCCCAAACUGUUGGUGGAGUUUGCAAGAGCUGGGCUGACAGAGCCGGUGCUGAUCCGUUUGGAUGUGGAUUCUAAGCUCAGUGACCAAAUUAAGCUGUCGUUCUUCCACCUUCGUAUGGACGACAAGCCGGCGCUGCUGCUCCACCUCCUGAGGAACGUGGUGAAGCCUCAGGAGCAGACGGUGGUCUUUGCUGCCACCAAACACCACGUAGAGUACCUCAAAGAGCUGCUGACUUUAGAGGGUUUAGAGUGCGCCUACAUCUACAGCGCCCUCGAUCAGACUGCCAGGAAGAUCAACAUCGGCAAGUUUGUGCAUCGGAAAGCCAUGGUGCUGAUUGUGACCGACGUUGCUGCUCGUGGUAUAGACAUCCCUCUGCUGGACAACGUCAUCAACUACAACUUCCCCUCCAAAGCCAAACUCUUCCUGCACAGAGUCGGUCGUGUGGGACGUGCUGGUCGCAGUGGAACAGCCUACAGCAUGAUCUGUCCAGAUGAGAUGCCUUUUGUCUACGACCUGCAUCUCUUCCUCGGAAGGCCUUUGCAGCUGGCGACACCUGAGCACGCACAAGAUGCAGGUGGCGUGUUCGGUCGUGUCCCUCAGAGCAUCUUAGACGAUGAAAGUUCUCAUCUGAUCACGACUUACGACAACUCCCUGGACCUGCAAAACCUGCAUCGGGUCUCAGAGAACGCCUACAAGCAGUACCUCAAGUCCCGACCGAACCCCUCGCCGGAGUCCAUCAGACGGGUCAAAAACACGGAUCUGUCCAGCAUGGCUGUCCAUCCGUUGCUCGGGUCUGGUUUGGAGAAAAUGGAACUGGAGCGCCUUCAAAUAGUUGAUGCCAUCAAGGGCUACAAAUCCAAAGCGACUAUCUUCGAAAUCAACUCUAGCAGUAAAACAUCAGCCAGCGAGGUGAUGCGAGCCAAACGCUCCAAAGACACACGAUUAGUGGACAAAUACAGCAAACACAGGGAGGACGUGGCUGCAGAAAGCAGACUGCAUCAGCCUGUUAUCACCACCAACGCUGAUGACCGCGACUCCACAGACCAGGAGGAGGACGAUCUCACGGGGGUGUUCUCAGAGGUGGUGGGUGGUAAAAGAAGAGGCCCGCAGCAAGACGGAGAAGAACGUCCAAAGAACAAGAAAAGCAGGCAAACGGGCAAAGAUGACGAGUACUACAUCCCUUACAGGCCCAAAGACUUCAACUCUGAGAGAGGGUUGAGUCUCGGUGGGGAGGGCACUGCUUUCGAACAGCAGGCCUCCUCGGCUGUCCUCGACCUCAUGGGAGACGAGGGAGACCGGUUUAACCAGCACAAAAAAAUUAUGAAAUGGGACCGUAAGAGGAAGCGUUUCGUGAGAGAGUCAGGAAAAGAGGACCAGAAGAAGAAGAUCAGAACAGACGGCGGUCAGGUCAUCAGCAACAACAAGAACAGGAAGAACUUCUAUGAGGAGUGGAAGAAAAAAUACAAGAUUGACGAUGGAGGAUCUGGUUCAGAUGGAGAAAUGGGAGGAGGAGGAGGAGGAGGGAGGAGACCAGCAGGAGGUCGUGGCCGUGGUCGCGGUCGACGCCCUGCAGCGCCGCAGGAGACGCCCGGCGGCCGCAGAAUACGCUCAGAGCUGAAAACUAACCAACAGAUCCUGAUGCAGCGCAAGAAACAGCAGAAACACCAGUUCCUGCAGAGCGGAGGGCUGAAGAAACUCCGCACUAAGAACAGAAAGUGGCUGGGAGAGGUGAAGAAGUCAGGGUUUGGACGAGGCGGCGGAAAGAAGGGCAAGAUGAAGAAGAGGAUGUGAGGAGGACACUGAGGGGCGCCGUGUGGGAAUGGAUGAGGAGUGUUUGUCAUUUAAAGAGUUUCAUGAUGCCUCGUUUGUUUGCGGAUUCAAGGAGAAGGUGGGUUGAAGAAAACAUUUCUCGACUGACUGCAGAGAUGAACUUCACGUUUUCCCAUUGUCGCCUGUUGAACUCUACAUUUGUAGCAGAGUACGUUAAAGAAUCAUCCACUAAACUGAGUUUUCUUCUUGGCAGUUUAAUCCAAGUGUUUUUGAAAUGUGUCUAUUCCAAUUAUGAACAGAAAACAAAAUACACAUGUGAAUAAGACGA